AUGAUCAGAACAAUCAAACCCAAGAACGCUCGUUCUAAAAGAGCAUUGGCCAAAAAAGAAGCUAAGUUGGUGGAAAACACGAAGUCGGCUUUGUUUGUGCCAGGCGCCACCGGCAACAAGUUUUUGCAUGAUGCCAUGAUUGAUUUGAUGGCAUUAAAGAAGCCAGACGCUAAAAAAUUUUCGAAAAAAAACGAAAUUAGACCAUUUGAAGAUGCCUCUGGGCUUGAGUUCUUCUCCGAAAAGAACGACGCUUCGCUUAUGGUGUUGUCUACCCACAACAAAAAGAGACCCAACACCUUGGUGUUUACCAGAUUCUUCAACCACAAAGUAUACGACAUGAUUGAGUUGUCCAUUCAGAACAACCACAAGUUGUUGGCCGACUUCAAGAAGUUGACGUUCCCAGUUGGAUUGAAACCAAUGUUCACGUUUAAUGGACCAGCUUUCGACUCGCACCCCGUAUACCAGCAAAUCAAGUCGUUGUUCAUGGACUUUUACCGUGGAGACGAGACCGACUUGCAAGAUGUGGCCGGUUUACAGUAUAUUAUCUCAUUGUCCGUGGGAGAAAUCGAGGACGAGAACUCGUCUACGUUGCCAUUGGUGCAUUUCAGAGUAUACAAGUUGAAGUCAUACAGAAGUGGACAGAAGAUUCCUCGCGUGGAGGUGGACGAGAUUGGUCCUAGAUUUGACUUCAAGGUGGGCCGUAGAGUCACGCCAGCCCCAGAAGUGGAGAAGGAGGCAAUGUCCAAGCCUAAGCAGUUGCAGGCUAAGGAGAAGAAGAACGUCACCACCGAUUUCAUGGGAGACAAGGUGGCCAAGAUUCAUGUUGGUAACCAGGAUUUGAGCAAGAUGCAGACGAGAAAGAUGAAGGGUUUGAAGGCCAAGUAUGACCAGGUGGACGAUGCUGAGUUUGACGAGGAGGAUUACGUUGAGGAGCCCGAGGCCAAGAGACAGAGAGUGUAA